AUGCCUAACACUUCCAGAUCGUUGAACGUCCUUGUCGUCGGCGCUGGCCUGGGCGGCCUAGCAGCGGGACUUGCGCUGCAGACCGACGGUCACACGGUCACAAUUCUUGAUGCAGCUCCCGAGUUCGCUGAAGCUGGAGCGGGUAUCAGGAUCCCACCUAACUCGAGCCGCUUGCUCUUGCGAUGGGGUGUUGACCUAGAGAGGAUGAAGAAGUCGACUUCGCAGAAAUAUCACUUCAUCCGUUGGAAGGAUGGCAGCACAAUCUUCGAUUUGCCUUUCAACAACAUCGUUGAGACACACGGAGCGCCUUACUGGCUUGUCCAUCGAGCAGAUCUGCACGCGGCGUUGCUCGACGCCACGCAGAAAGCCGGCGUCAAUGUUUUGACUAAGAAGCGUGUCGUCUCGUACGACUUCGAUGCUCCGAUGGCGACUACAGUGGAUGGGGAAGUCUUCAAAGCUGACCUUAUCGUGGGUGCAGACGGUAUCAAAUCUGUCUGCCGACCCCUGCUUACCGGGCGGCCCGACGUACCGCGGGACACUGGAGACAUAGCCUACCGAAUCCUCAUUCCCAGCGAAAAGUUGCUGGCCGACCCGGAUCUGGCCCACCUUAUCCUCGACCCCUGCACGACUUCCUGGUGCGGGCCGGACGCACACCUGGUUGGCUACCCUAUCCGCAACGGGGAGAUGUACAACAUCGUCGUGUGUGCUACUUCCUACAAUGAAACCACGGACGAGGUUUGGGUCGUUAAAGGCGACAACAGCGAUCUGUGCAACCGAUUUGCGAGCUGGGAACCCAAGGUGCGAAAGCUCUGUGCCCUGACGGGCGACUUCAUGAAGUGGCGACUGUGUGAUCUGCCCAAUCUAACCCGCUGGACGCACCCGUCGGGCAAGGCCGUGCUGCUGGGAGACAGCUGUCACCCCAUGCUCCCUUACCUGGCUCAGGGCGCCGCCCAGUCCUUUGAAGAUGCCGCCGUUUUGCGCCAGGUACUCGCGCAAGAUGUGGACUUGGCCACAGCCCUGAAGCAGUACGAAAAGAUCCGUAUGCCGCGGGCGGGCCUCGUGCAAGCCAAGACGCGUGAGCACCAGUACAUCUUGCAUAUUGAUGAUGGGCAGGAGCAGCAGACGCGUGACAAGAAGCUAGCUCUCGAUACGACGGAGAACCCAGUCUUCUGGGGCUUCGGAGACCGGAGGAAAUGGCUCUUCAGUCACGAUGCAGAGGUGAUUAGGAAAGAAGGGGCUAACUGGAGGGAUGGGCCCGUAUUGAAUGGUGUUCAGACGUAG